ACAUGCGCGCUUCACCGGUGGCUUUCAGAAAGUUUGAAUAAAAUGUGGCUCUCACCGCCCUCUCCCAACAGCCCACCGCACCUCAGCCAUCACUACCAACUCAAUGGGUGGAAAGCGCACAACCAGCCUGUGGGAGGUUUUUAUCCCUCAUUUCCACAUCUGCAGAGACGAGUCGUUGGCUCGAGCUGCAGUUUUCCAGUCUGUGCCAAACACCGGCCGCGAGAAGGAGGACACACUUUGAUGACUCAUGGAUUUCCUGCACGGACGAACAUUUACGCACAGUUGAAGUUUUUCUAACUGGAUAUUUUUCAUACAUUAAUGGUGCUCCUUUGGGUAAUUUGAAGACUAUGAAAUAUGUUUUUGAGUGAGAUUUUUACAUUUUAAGCUAAAAAAAAAGAAACCCACGAAGAAGAAAAUGGACAUCUUCAUUUUUUCUUUUUAUUUAAUAUUUAUUAAAGAGGCUCAAUCACUCAGUUACGCUAUUGCAAGCAAUCUCCAACCUCACAUGCCCAACGUGUGCAUAGAGAGGGAGGUGACGCUGGUUGCCCAGAGGCAGCCAUGUGUGCAGGCCUUCACACGAAUGGUUAAAGUGUGGAAGCAAGGCUGCGCAGGGCAGCUGUGGUGCAUGGGAUACGAGAGGAGGACGGCUUAUUACACAGCAUAUCGGCAGGUUUACAAACAGGAUUACCAAACGGUACACAAAUGCUGUCCUGGAUGGUCUCAGCUUAACGGGGAGGCAGGCUGUCUCUAUCGUAAGUAUCAACACAGACUGCUUCUGCCUUGCAUUUCUAAAUGA